AUGAACCCAACUACCCCUCAACGCAAGAAACCCGACUUUCGGCAAUACGUGACUGAGCUCAAUAGCACUUUUGGGUUGGAAAUUCCCCUGCCGGGCAUUCAGUCACCCUCUAGUCGAGAGAAUAACACCACCUUGCCCUAUCAGGUGUUUAAACACCUACGGCCAUUGUUCUACAAUAGCAAAUUUGUCCAUGAAAGCCUAAAGGCAGACCUGGAGGAUUGGGUUCGCGGGACAGCCGAAGUGCAACUCCGUUACCAGAGGGCUCCCCCGCUUCCCGCCCCCACCCCCCAACAGCGAGAUGAACGGACAAAGUACCUGCUGAAGCUGAUCGAAGAUGAGCAAUAUCUCAUAGGCCAUGGCCGUCAGGAUGCGAAAAGGUUAGCCGGCGAUCCAUUGGAACAAGUCAAAGGCUUAUCUUUCAAAAAACGAAGGAUUACCGAUGAAGAUGAGUUCCACACAGCCCCGAAUUCUCCAACGAAGGAGUCGGGGCUGGCAAUGAGACAGUCGCCACUGGGAAAGCAUGGCGAUGGAAGUUUCCAGAUGCCUCAAAUGACGCCCGCCAAGGCACUGGCACGCAGUUUUUCUGGAACAUCGAGCUCUUAUGGAGGCCAGCACAAUCAACCCCCACGGAGGAAGAGUCAAGAGUUCAGUCGAGCUCCGCCAAAGUACUCGGGAACUUUCCCAGUGCCGCCAAAGAUUCAGGACACUCCUCUGAGGGACCGUCGGAUCCCUAAAGUCCCUUCCAAACCCCAGCCCGGUCCCUACUCUCCAGCCCGGGGACCGGUCAGCGCCUCGCCGGCGUCGGCUCAAGGGUCAUUCCAAUCGCCCAUUAGACGCCCCCAGGCCCCCCAGCCAGCAGAGACUAGUCCAAAGCCUCCGAAGACAUUACUUUCACCAUUGAAACAAACCAAGAUCUCGGAAUGGAUGCAAAAGCAGAGUCCCGUCGCUGCUCCACCCUGUCAGGAGGAUGAUUCGCCUUCAAGCGAGUUCAGAAAGCCGCAUCUGAUGGAUAAGCUGGCAGCGGUUUCGAGCCAACGAAAAUACGAUGAGCCUAGGAUGCCGCCCUCGGUGACCACGAGCUUCUCUACGCGCACAUCGUCUUUGGCUGGCAUGUCUCAUGAUAGUAUGGAGCGAUCGUUCGAUACGGACAUGACUGAAUUCACCGAAAUGGAUACGCAAUCAACAUAUACAGACUCGGUCGUUGAUUUGAUGACUAGUGAGGAGAUGGAAAGAAGCUUCCACGCUGCUUCUACAUCAAUGAUGGUCAAUCACGAUCCCGUUGAGACAAAAGACUCUCUUAAGCAAGAGAUCCUUGGCGAAUUACUCGCCCACGGCCCGUUUUCAAAGGAUUCAUUUCCAGCAAAGAUUCCUCUCAGGUUCCGAUAUGAGUUGGAGAGAAUUGGCCGUGCAUGGGAUGUCCCUUUCGACCGCAUGCUUGUCGGAGAUCAUGUUCCUCACGAUACCCAAGACAGAUUUUGGACUUGGGUUGCUGGGCACAAUCAACGGGGUAACUGUCCACUUCCAGAGAAGUCGUCAGCCCGGGCCUGGGAUUCUGCGAUCGACAAUUUCAAAUCGAAGAAGCAAUCUGAGGUCGUGGUCUUGUCCGGAGAAAUGGAUUGGUGCGAUGAUUCCGAGUUUGGUAUCUUCAAAUUGAAAUUGAAUCCCCUCAAGACAGAGCGAACUUGUCGCUUUCACCGAAGAUUCGGAUCUGAUAGAUUCUUGACUAUCACAGUCCCUGCUCCUUCUCGACCGCCCCAUCAUCAGAAUAUUGAUUCUUCCUUGCUUCAAGAUUGUAUGGCCACAUGGUUGACUCGUCAUGACCAUUCUUGUCUCGGUCGCACAUGGCGCGCAUUCUAUGUCGAGGAAGUGAAGAGUAAGAAGAAGACCCAGACUGAGCCUCGAUUCCGUGUGGAUUUCUUUGCUGUUGCUGGUGGAGAUUUUGAACUUUGGUCUAGAAAGCUUGUACCGGCUGUGUCUGCUCCCCGAUCAUCCGGGGAAAAGCCUACGCCGAUGAGCGUGGCAAGAUUACUGGAGUGGCAUAUGCCAACUGCUGCCAAUGCAAACCAAAGUAAUUGCAAGCUCUUCCAGCGAAUCUCACUGGGCUUAUCCAAGACCUUUGAUACAGUCACUCUGAAACCGAGUCAGGUCCUUCGUCUUAAAGAUCCCGCUGGCCGCACUGUCAUGAAUGACGGGUGCGCUCUGAUGUCUAGGGCACUUGCAAAUAGGAUCUGUGAUCGUCUGGGAAUCACCACCGCAACGCCGAGUUGCUUUCAAGGCAGAAUUGCAGGCGCGAAAGGUCUAUGGAUGGUCGAUCGCCAUCAGUCCAGUAUUGGCACUGAGAUGGUAGACGGUGAUGACAUUUGGAUUCAAAUAUCUGACUCGCAAUUGAAGAUUCAUCCUCAUCCACAGGACUGGUUUGGUCCUUUUGAUGAGGAGAAGCUCACUUUUGAGGUUGUGAAUUGGGCUAAGCCGCUCCACCCGGUGGAUUUGAAUAUCCAGCUCCUCGGGAUCCUUCAGCAUGGCGCAGGCGUUCUGGUGAAGGAGUACAUCGCUCAAUUGAUUCGAAAUGGUGUGCAGCAACUGUAUGAUGACUUCCUUGAGGUUCUCAAGUCCAAUAGCCCUGUUUCCUGUCGUGCCUUGCUUCAAAAGCUGAGGCCUUCCGGGGAUGAUCCCACUGGUAAAGCGCGGCGUUUGGAAGAAUGGACGGCGAAUGAGGCGGAAUCCAUUAUCAGAUAUUCAGAAGCUGGAUUCGCCCCACGAGACUUCUAUCCACUCCGUGUCAAACUUCGAAAAUAUCUCACUUGGCUGCUCACCCGGCAGGUGGAAGAGCUCAAGAUUGAAGUUCCCCUUUCAACAUACGCCUACUGUAUCGCUGAUCCAUAUGGCGUGCUCGAAGCGGAUGAAGUGCAUUUCGGCUUCUCGAGUAAUUGGCGUGACCCGAAUGGUCAAUUCGAGGACAAUCUGUUAGAUGGCGUGGAUGUUCUGGUCGGUCGACUCCCUGCCCAUGUUCCUUCGGAUAUCCAACGGCGUCGAGCAGUCUGGAAGCAUGACCUACGCCAUUUCAAAGAUGUCAUCGUGUUUUCUACGAAGGGCGACGUCCCACUUGCCCAUAUGUUGUCUGGUGGAGACUAUGAUGGUGACACGCCGUGGGUUUGCUGGGAUCCGAUGAUCGUGCAGAAUUUCCAGAACUCCUCUCUUCCACCCGAAUACCCACCUGCUCAUUAUGGUCUUAUCAAACGUUCUGUGCCCAUGUCUGAGUUGGAAACAACGGAGGACUUUUUGCAGAGUGCGUUCAGUUUCAACCUUACGACCUCGAACCUUGGCCGAUGCACAGUGGAGCACGAGAAGCUGGCGUACGAUGAGUCCAUCGACUCUGCCAAUGCGAAAGAGAUGGCCUGCCUGUUAAGCCAUCUGGUGGAUGCCCGCAAGGGCGGUGUUGAGCUUUCGGAGCAAGCAUGGAAAGCUUUCAGAAAGAAGCUUAGUCCCAAGCUUCGUGGUCUGCCGGCUUAUCGUCCUGGCUCAACUCGCAAGCCUAAAGUCACUAAUAUUGUCGACUUCCUCAAAUUCUCGGUUGCGACGUCCGAGCAGACCAGGAUCCUGUCGGGGUUGAAUGACGCAUUCCCCGAGCAUGAGGUCCAGGAAGAUCUCGAUAAAGAUCUCACUCAGCCAUGGAAAGCCGUGAAAAAAGCAGCGACCGAAGAAAUCGACUCUAGGCAAUUGCAUACUGCCCUGGAAGGAAUCCAAACCUCAAUCGAGCGAUUGUAUAAUAAAUGGAUUGAAGGAAACGCCUCCAGCGAAGGGUACUCGCUCACCUCCCGCGAGGCUGUCGAGAGCGCCAGUGACAUUCCGCCACCGGAACAGGGCAGCCACCCGCUCAUCCAUACUUGGCAGAAUAGUCGCACCGAGUGGCUGCGAGUACUAGCGUCAUACACCUAUCAACGAUACCCUCGAACGGCCUUCGUCAUUCACGCUUUCGGCGAGAUCUUAUGCCAGAUGAAGGCGUCCUGUUCGGCAUCCCGUCCGGUGGUCAACGAAGUCAUUGCCACCUACCGGGUGAACCAGAAGAUGGUCUCCCACCUCACGACUACUGAAGUUCCUGGGAUUGAAGCUGAUGCUGACCUGGAUGAAUAUGAAGGGGGCGAUGUCAUUGAAGCUAUGAUGUCCUUUUGA